CUGAGACAGGAGAAUUACCUCCUCGACUUAAGAGUGAGCUCCAGGAAAUCCUGAGAUAGAGUGAGACCCUAUCUAAAAUUAAAGAAAUGUGCAAAUUGACACUCACACCCCAAGUGAAAGAUUAGUCUCCUAAGGCUGAAUUCUGAGCUCUUUACGUGGCCUGUCUGAUUCUUAGCCUCUGUCUGGGUGCAGAUGUGCUUUUUGUUUAUAGUUAGGGAAUCUUUGUAGUUGCCACAUUCUAUUUUCUUUCUGUCUGGUUUUCCUUAGCAGGUAGUGACCUGGUUAAGAAGCUAGAUGAUCUGCUGAAGGGCAGAGAAACAGACUCAGUGCUAUGGCAUUGAUACUCACUCCAUGUCGGCACUCAGAAGGAACUUCAACAUCCCAUACCGUAUGGCAUCACUUCUCCUCCAGGCUUCCUGCUCAACUCUGUGAUCCACACCGUUCUUUCAAAAGCACAACCACAUCUCUGCACCCUCCUUGGAUAUCACUUCUUAUGGCAGUUUUUAGGAUCACUCGGUGGAGGUUGAUGUCCCUGAUCUUUGGAAUAAAAUGUCUUUUCUUGAUGGUUACUUUGGGAGUUUUGGUGAUAAAUUCAUUUACUAUACAGAACACUCAAUCAACACCUUCUCCUUCCCUCACUGUAGAAUUACAAGAAGUUUCUGAAUGCUGUUCUUGCAUGGAAAAGUGGAUUGGACAUCAAUGCAACUGUUACUUUAUUUCCAAAGAAGAAAAGUCUUGGAAGGGAAGUAGAGAUUUCUGUGCUUCUCAGAAUUCCAGUCUUCUUCAGCUCCAAACCAGAAAUGAGUUGAGUUUUAUGAGCUCCAGCCAAACCUUUUUCUGGAUUGGAAUCCACUAUAGUGAAGAAAGAAAUGCCUGGCUAUGGGAGGAUGGAUCAGUUCCCUCAAAAGAUUUAUUUCCAGAGUUCUCAAAUAUCAGGCGAGAGCACUGCAUUUUUUACAGUCCAAGCGACACAGUUUCCUCUGAGUCCUGUGAAAAUAAAAACCGUUAUAUCUGUAAGCAACUGUCUAUUUAAAUGUUUCUUAAGGCAAAGGGUAUAGACAAGAAAGGUCCAGGGUUACUAAAAACAGUAACAGCUCCCAGUGUUACUACCUUUGCAUCUUGUGUCUGUAGAAUGCUUCUGUUUGCUAGCACAUCAUUUUCAUACAUUUGAACCCGAGUAAUUUAUGCUUGAUGACUUUUUCACACUUGUGCGUAAAAUUAGGAUGAAUCAAAACAGAGAGGUUCUAUAAAUAGUUUGAUUUAUGAAAUACAAUUUUAUUCACAUGUUCCUGUAAAGUUUUCUUGGAAACAUUAAAUAAAAUUUAUUCCAAACCAA